AUGAAGGAUCGCUCUCUCUUCGUCCCAUCGCAAGCGCCCCCUGCGGGAACGCUUCAAUCGGGCGGCGAAAUAACGACGCAGGCCGCGAACCCGCCGCGGUACAUUAACGUGGGGUAUAACGGCGGGGAUUUUAACUACCAAUUCAACCCCACGACUAACCUCCGCAGCUGGGCAGCCUCAACAAAAGUUUUCCCGGGCGACUUUCUCGUGUUCAACUACCCGACGCGCACGGACGAGGUGUACCAGUUUUACCGGCAGGCGGACUUCGACAUUUGCAACUACGCGCGCGCCGUGCGCGUGUGCAAGAACUGGGACGGCGCCAAGGGGUGCAAGGUGAAGGCGCAGCAGGGCACCAUGUACUUCGCGUCGGGCAUGCUCGGGCGCUGCCAGCGCAACCAGAAGGUGGCGGUGAAGGUCAAGAGCAAGCCGUACACGGUGCGGAAGAUUGUCGUGGGCAAGCCGACGGCGUCGUUCGGGUGGCCGUGGAACCCGCAGGUGGACUACAACCUGUGGAUGCAGUCUACCAAGAUCUACGUCGGAGAUAAGCUCGGUGCGUGA